AUGGUGGAAAAAAUGAGUAAGGAAGACAUGGAAAUCAAAGAUGCAUGUGGUGGCGGUACAGCACUUAUGAUGGCCAUAAUGGCAGGAUCUGUGAAAAUGGUAAAAUGCAUGAUGAAAAAGAAUCCUGAAUUAAUUACCGUUGAAGAUAACAGUUUAUUCCUUCCGGUCGAAGUAGCCCUUUCUUGUGAUGAUAUCGACGUGAUUUGCCAUCUGUAUCAUGCUACUAAAGCGUAUUUAUCAUCUCCUAAUCAUGCUGCCCGUAAAAAACACGGGGCCACGUUUAUUUCAAAAUGCAUAAAAAAGAAAAAUCCCGGGACAUUAGGUUUUGCCUUGGAUUUACUGAAAGAAGAAAAUAGUUUAGCUCUUACUAAAGACUACACUUGGGAAUCUCCCUUGUACGUACUCGCAUGUUCACCUUCUCUAUUUGGUGAUGGAGAUGAGCUUGGAUUUUUCAAGCGAUGGAUAUAUAAAUUCAUAAGCACAAAACCAGCCACUCCUGCUGCCAAAAGCGGCGGUGAACAGGCAGAAGAUCCAGAACGUGGGAGCGACACCACCAACAUGAAAAAGUCGGGGUUGGAUUCAUUCACCUCGCCAGUAAAAAAACUGCUUAAUAAGCUUCUAGGAAUUGAACAGAUACGAGAAAAGAAAUUGGUUCAUGAACGUUCCUUGGAGCUACUAGUGAGAUGUGCAAAGCGGUUAAGAAUGUAAAAGAUAAGAAAGAAUUGAAAGAUGGUUUAGUGUUGAAGGCGCUAUCCGCUGCUGUGGAACGAGGAAACACUAUAUUUGUCUCUAAACUGAUUUCCAGGGUUCGAGCACUUUGGAUGAGCACUGAUGAGUAUUCAAGGGACAUAUACAUGCACGCCAUUGAAUGGCGUCAAGCAAAACUGUUUACCCACAUGCUUCGACAUAUAAGCGGUAAUCUUGUAUCAGCAACCAGUUCUAUGAAAGAUAAGUUUGGUAAUAACUUGCUACAUGUAGCUGCAACGUUAGGGCCGUCCACCCAACUCGAUCUUGUUCCUGGAGCAGCUUUGCAGAUGCAAAGAGAAAUACAAUGGUUUAAGGAGGUGCAGAAAAUUGUACAUCCUGCUGCUUUAGAAGAAGAAAAUUCCUUGGAUAGUUUGACACCGCGUGAAGUAUUUACUAAGAACCACAAAGAUUUGAUGAAGAAAGGAGAAAGAUGGACGAAGGAGACGACAACUUUUUCCAGCGUAGUAUCUGCUCUCAUUGUUACCAUGACUUUUGCUGCCGUAUUCACAGUUCCUGAUCUGGAAGAAAACACAAACAAGAAGUUACGCAAGGUUUUAAUAAUUUCCGAUGGAAUAUCACUUUUUUCUUCCGCAUCUUCAUUGUUUGUGUUCUUAGGGUUAUUCUUGAGCGCGCGGUAUGAAGAACAUGACUUCCUCAUAAACUUGCCGUUGAAAUUGAUGGUUGGAAUUUCCUCACUUUUCAUCUCCAUUAUAACCAUGCUUAUAGCCUUUUGUGCGAUCCUUCUCCUUCUGCUCCCUGAAUCAUGGGUUCCAAUCAUUUUGCUCGCAGCCCUUACUGUCACAUUAUUUGCGGCCAUGCCAUUCAGUCUCUUGAUUAUAAUGUUUAAGUCUACUUUCUGUAACAGACUUUCUUUAACUCUUAAGAGUAGGAAGAAGCCCACCAAUGCAAAAAACGACGAUUAGGUUGGUAUUCAUUAGAUAUUGAUGUGUGUGUGUUUUGUGCGCGUAUUACUAACUAGGCUUGCUAAAUGAAUAAAUGUCGCACUGGCUGUGUAU